ACUAAUAUACCCAGUCCAGCACUAGAAAUAACUUUUUAAGCUCUCUUCCCUUUUUUGGGACCCAUACAUCCCCUUCCCAAUCUCUAAAUCUGCUACUGGUCUCCUCACUGAGCUAUUAGAUGAGUGAAUGAUUCCCUUUCUGUUAAUCUUCCCAAAGCCAAGGAGGAAACUCAGUCCAGCCAUCCAGCCUAGUCCAGUCAUGCAGGUACCGGAAGAUGGAGACAACUUCAUUCCCUUUGCCAAGUGUUCCAGGGUGGUCAGCCGAUCUCCACCCCCGAGCUUGCCUUCCCAGGACCUCAGAAUGAUGCCCCAGCGUUAUGGAGACAUCUUCUGGGAGAACCUUAGUCAAAGGCCCAGCUCCAUCUGGAUGGAGGAACAGUACAUUCCACCCAUGCUGAGAGCCAUUGGAUGCUCCCACGCUGGCUUGUUCACUCCUGAGGGGCUCCCACCCCCUGAGAUGCUUUGCAGAAGAAAGAGAAGGAAGCCACGUUUGGCAGGAGUGCAGCAGGGACCUGGGGGCACCCCAGCCCGGGUAAAGGCUGUCACUUAUCACCUGGAGGAUCUAAGGAGGCGCCAGGGAAUCAUCGAUGAACUGAAGAAGGCCCAGUGGAGCAGCUCUGGGGCAACCUCUGAGCCCCUGGUGUUUGGUGAAGAAGGCCCAGGAUUUCUUGACACCACUGAAUACCCUGAUCUGGAAGAGGAGAGGGCAGCCUGUUUACGGGAAGAGGACCAUUUCCUCACUCCUGGCAGGGCCCAGCUGCUUUGGUCUCCCUGGAGUCCCCUGGGCCAGGAGUCGUCUUGCCUCUCCAGGGGCCAGAGCUUCCUGGCCUCCUAUGGCACUGUCACAGCCAGUAGGAGGCAACUUUACGGUCCCUGGGGGAUGGAAUUUGAGUCUGAGGAGUGA